AUGGUGCUACCCUUAAACUGUUUUCGUCAUACAAUUGAACGUUGUAAUGGAGUAUUAAAAAUGAGGUUUCGAUGCCUGCUAAAACAUCGAACACUUCACUAUACGCCAAAUAAAGCAUCAAAAAUUAUAAAUUCUUGUGUGGUUUUACAUAAUUUGUGCAUUAUGGAUAACAUUUCAUUGUAUAAUGAAGAUUUUGAUACAAAUGAAGUAGACUAUGGUAUUUGUCAACAAAAUAAUGUUGACAAUGAGCACAUUGCCGAUAGAGUUAAUCCAGAAUUAACUGCUGGCCAACGAGCUCGACAACAGAUUGUUGACCGAUAUUUUACGUAA